AUUAAUUUAUCGAUUUUUUAAAAUCGAUUUAAUUAAGACUUUUCGUGGUUUUUGUUCUUGUUAUUUUAUUUUAGUGUACUUAAAUGUGAUUUAUAAAUUCCAAUUCGAGGAAAAUAGAUUGAAGAAGAAAUAAAAUCUUGCUUUCAGCAGAAAACUUUUCAAAUAACAUGCGUGGACAGAUAUUGAACUUUAACAAAUAUUAAAUCGCCAAAGCGAGUUUAUUGCUUCAGCGAACAGGAAAGCAAUCGCAGUUUGUGGUUCGUUACGUGCGUAUGUAAAUACAAUAACCUGCGGAAAACAAUUUACCCUUUAAUGUCGAUUUAAAUCGUGUAUAACAUGGCCACUAUCACUUUUUACGCUGAUAGCAAACGAGGCUAUUUUAUCGGUUCUACCGUGCACGGCGCUCUUUAUUAUCGCAGCAAACGGGAUUUGUCUCGCGUUUAUUUCAAUCCCCAAUACGCGGUUGUUAGGUCACUUAUAUGGGUCUUUUUCUCGCGUUUAUAUCUGCUUUCGGAGCGUGUUCGGAGCUAAAAACGAAAAUAAUCUUAGGACAGAUAAACGCAUAGCUCCGCGUUGUAAAAUUUAAAAAACGUGCUUUUAUAUCAGCGGUAAAGCGAUUAUAAAGUAAAUAUUUAACAGUAAGCUUAGAGAGACGUCGAAACGCUUUUAUAUCUUAUUCGUUGCGAGAAACGCUCGUUUCUAUCGCCACGGAAGACUCGUCAGUUGGAUUUUUGUGCACCGAGUAUUGUAGGUUUCCUUAUUAUAAUUUAAAUUAUCGUCGUAUACACAACUGUCGUAUACACUGUCGAAAUACGCGAUUAGAAGAAGAAGAAGAGAAAGAAAGAUUGAAAAUAUGUAUUGUUUAGAAUAAUAAUAGGACCAAUGGGGUUAAUUGUUUUGCAGAGAAUUGUUAUCUUAGGCGCACACCGCGAAAAUGUUAUCUGCAAAUUUUUUCCGACAAAAGCAUAUGUAAAUAUUGUAAAUAAAAAUAUUAUUUUCCGCAAUUUCGAUAUUUUCUAUAUUUCGUCGCGAGUCGUGUCCCGUUAUAAUUGUAUGCUGCUUGUGAGCUUCUUAUUUCAGUGUAUUAAUUAUGUUAAGUAAUUAGUGCAUUUGCAAAGAAUUGAUUGUCCUGCUUGCUCGUGCAGCCGGUAUUUCCAUGUUCGACGCUGACGAUCGAUUAUUUCCUUUAAGAUAGAGACGUAAUUAGCCGAAUUUUAUUUGUAAAAAUAGAAUUAUUUAUCGCUGAAUUAAUUACAGAGAUUCAUUAACUCUCCAUAAUCAUUGCUUCUUCUCAUAAUUUUCUUAUAUUCAAUAUUGAGUUUUAAUUGAAAAUUCUAAAAAAAAAUUCUAUGAGUAGAAAAGAAAUCGAAACUAAACAAAUAUUCAGAUUUUGAACUUCUAAUGGUCAAUUCCAGGAUUAAUUCUACAAUAUAGGCUGUCUCUAAUUAUUUAAAAUAUAAUUGAUGACGUCUGUUGAAGAAAGAUAUCGCUUCUAAUUUUUCGUCAAGAAAUUCGAUUUUUAUUAAAAAAAAAAGACUUAUCGAAACGGUUGAGAAUUUCAUGUUUUCGGAGAUUUUUUUAUAAAUCGCGAUUUAUAUAUUUAAUUUUCGACGUCAGCGUGGAAAAUGCGACUUCUUAUUAUGGCUAACACAUUUCUAACCGAUAAUUACGAAAAACCAUCAAGCACCGCAUAGUCCGCAACGUAGACGCGAGAGGUUGAACCUGCGGAUGAAGAGCCUCAGCCUGGACUCGCCGGAAGGCAGCGCGCACGUGCGGCAUCGCCCGCGGGAUUACUAUGCUGCGGGUCCACAGAGAGAAACCACACCGCCCCGACAUUCUGACAGCGGCAGUAUCAACAGGCUGUCGCCCUGCAGCCCGGGUCAGAGCCACGGUAUACACAAACACGUGCGAAGUACCAUCCGGAUGUCCAGCAUGGAGCUGCCGGACGACAACGAGAAGUCGUACUCGUCGGCGAGCACGUCGCCGUGCCCGUCGCCGCACACCAACAAUCAGAAUCAUCUGAAUCCACCCGGCAAGCGCGUCCUGCCGCCGAACAAUCUCUACGUCGUUCUGUACAACUUCGAGGCGCGGCAUCCAGACGAGCUGGAUCUUAAGUAAGCGAACUUGUCUCGCGUAGCAUGGAAAAAACCAGCGUUCCUCCCUUUCAUAAAUCUUUACAAUAAUUUAAUAAUUAAUCACGAACACUUGCGCUCAAAAAGAUGCAUAGGAAAUC